AUGAUCCAGCCACAGCUUGUGCUUCUCCGCGAAGGUACGGACACCUCGCAGGGUAAGCCGCAGCUCAUCAGCAACAUCAAUGCCUGCAUCAGCAUCGUGGACACCGUGAAGUCUACGCUCGGACCGUGCGGCAUGGAUAAGCUCAUUCACAACGGACGCGAUGUUCAGAUCAGCAACGAUGGUGCCACUAUCAUGAAUCUGCUUGAAAUCGUGCACCCAGCCGCGAAGAGUCUCGUGGACAUUGCGCGUGCGCAAGACAACGAGGUGGGCGAUGGUACGACCUCUGUCGUCGUUCUCGCUGGCGAGCUACUGAAGGAGUCGAAGCAGUGCGUGGAGGACGGCAUUGCGCCACAGGUGAUUGUCAAAGCCUACCGCAACUCCCUCAGCAUCGCGAUGAAGGCAUUGGAUGAGCUUUGCGUCCCGUUCAAGGCCGAGGGCAACUCGAACGAGGAGAACUUGAUUCGAUGUGCUGAGACCGCGCUCAACUCGAAACUGAUCAACACAGAGCGACGCUUCUUCGCCGAGAUGGCGGUGAAGGCUGUGAUGUCCCUAAAUGAGGACAUGAACCUUGACCUCAUUGGCAUCAAGAAGGUGGCCGGUGGUAGCAUGCGCGACAGCAUGCUGGUGGACGGUGUUGCGUUCAAAAAGACCUUCUCCUACGCUGGUUUCGAGCAGCAGCGCAAGAAGUUCGACAACCCGAAGGUGCUGCUGCUGAACGUGGAGCUGGAGCUCAAGGCCGAAAAGGAUAACGCAGAGGUGCGCCUCAAGGACCCGAAGCAGUACCAGUCUAUAGUCGAUGCGGAGUGGAAGAUCAUCUUCGAUAAGCUGGAAAAGUGUGUGGCGACCGGAGCCAACGUGGUGCUCUCUCGCCUGCCGAUCGGCGACCUAGCCACGCAGUACUUUGCAGAUCGAGACGUUUUCUGUGCCGGCCGCGUGGCGAACGACGACAUGACGCGUAUGUGCAUGGCUACCGGCGGUGUGGUGCAGUCUACGCUUAACAAUGUGCCAGCUGAGGUACUCGGCACAUGUGGCACGUUCGAGGAGCGUCAGGUCGGUACGGAGCGCUUCAACUUUUUUACCGGCUGCAAGACCUCGAAGACAUCCACCGUCAUUCUGCGCGGCGGUGCCCAGCAGUUCAUUGAGGAGGCCGACCGCUCCUUGCACGACGCCAUCUGUAUAGUGAAGCGCGCAAUCAAGACCGGCUCUGUCGUUGGUGGUGGUGGUGCCAUCGAGAUGGAACUGAGCAAGAAGCUGCGCGAGUACUCCCGGACGAUCAAGGGUAAGGAACAGAUGGUGGUCUCCGGCUACGCCCGCGCGCUGGAGAUCAUUCCGCGCCAGCUCGCUGAGAACGCCGGCCACGAUAGCACUGACACAGUGAACAAGCUACGCCAGAAGCACUACGUGACCUCUGAAAAGGACAGCCAGUGGUAUGGCGUUGACAUCUUCAACGGCGGUGUGUGCGACACCUUCGCGAACUUUGUGUGGGAGCCAACGCUGGUAAAGAGGAACGCGCUGCAGAGCGCCACGGAGGCGGCCUGCCUGAUCCUUUCGAUUGAUGAGACCGUGACGAACCCGGAAUCGGACGCUGCCAAGAAGCAGGCAGUUGGCGGCGGUGGCCGCGGUGGCAACAUGGCCAUGAGCAAGGCGGGCAUGGGCGGCAUGUUUGCUGGUGCCCCAGGCGUCACACGCAUGAAGGGUGGCCGCGGCAAGUAG